GCUGUCCUGGAAUUCUCUGUAGACCAACCAUGGCCUCAAACUCAACAGAGAUCCAAACGCCUCUGCCUCUCUGUGCUGGGAACAAAGAUGUGCACAACCACCACUCAACCCAUUAUUUUCCUUACGUGCUGCUCAACCACAGCUAUGUUGUUAUAGCCUCAGCAAAUGGACCAAUACACACAGAGUGUGACCCCAAGCCAGGCUGAUAGAGGAGGGGUUCUGUAGGUGGGGGGGGGUACCAAGGGGAGGAAGAGAUAGAGUGUGGAGGGGACAUGAUUGCAAUGUGGUUGUUUCCGUUGAGUUGGGCAUGGCCAGUGCUACUUGGAAUCAGAGCAGAUGUAAGUUCCCACAGAAGGUCCUCACAAGAUUUGAACCGUUAGCAUUUCCUCCUAGAGGGAACAUGAGGCUCUCGAGGCCUUCCUCAAGAUUAUAUAAGAAGUAAGCAAUUUAUUAGGGGUGGAAGUCCUGAGUCUGGCAGCUCUUUGUGAAUCCUCCAUGGUGGGAUGGGAAUCCUUGGUGGUAUGGCUGCCUUGGCGCAGAGGGCUUCCCACUAUCUGCCUCCAAGUCAGUCUUGCUCCUGUAAACAGCCAAAAAUAAAUUCAUUGGUUCCCCAAACAAAACUUGGAUGUGUGAAGGAGAAUUCCAUUGGAAGAUGCUAUUGCUGUGUAGGCAGAAGCUGACUGAUGGUUCAACUGCAGUGGUGUGAGGAGGUGGGAAUGUUGCCACUCCAGAGCCUGAUUACAGUUUAACUGGAGCUAGCUUUAGUUCCCUAAAUAGCCUUAUACCACUCUGUGUGGGACCUAACAUACUGACAAAUUGAUAAAAACCUUGGAAUGUAUUAGCUUAACCAGACCUCCUUUUCCCCCAAUCAAAGCGUUAAGAGUUGUCAGACAGUGGGGCAGUGGUGGUGCAUGCCUUUAGUCCCAACAUUUGGGAGGCAGAGGCAGGUGAAUUUCUAAGUUCAAGGCCAGCCUGGGCUACAGAGUGAGUUCCAGGACAGCCAGAGCUACACAGAAAAACCCUAUCUUGAAAGACCAAACCAAACCAAACCAAACCAAACCAAACCAAAAAGCGAUAGCACUAGACAGCAUCUCAGACCUACAGUUGAGAUUUCUCCUCAGCACAAUACUGUAACUGCCAUUUAAUAUUUCCACCAGUGUGUUUAAGAGGUGCCUUGGACCCUGGGUUGUGAGUCCUCUUUGUUCUGUGACUAUUAAAACUUCAUGGAACCUCUUCCACGUUGGAACACGAAACCUGUGCUCUUAGGAUAUGGCCGUGCAGAAUAAACUAUCUCUUAUUUCCUUUGAGGUGGAAGUUGUAGUUGUUUGUUUAGGUUUUUUUCAAGAUAGGGUCUCUCUGUGUAGUGCUGGCUGUCCUGGAAUUUGCUCUGUACAUCAGGCUAGCCUCGAACUCACAGACAUCCAUCCACCUGCCUCUACCUCCUGAGUUUUGGGAGUAGAGGUGUACAACUGCCUGACUUAUUUUUAAGGCAGUCUCACCAUGCAACUCUGACUGUCCUUUGAACUCACAGAGAUCUGCCUGCCUCUGCCCUUUGUGCUAAGAUUGAAUGUGUGUGCCACCACACCCGUUUAUGAUUUAGUUAGUUUUAUUUUCUGUGUAUGGGUGUGUUGCCCAAAUGUCUGACUGCACACCAUGUGUACGCAGUACCUGCCAAGCUCAAAAGAGGGUGACAGAUCUCCUGGAACUGGAGUCUUAGACAGUUGUGAGCUGCCAUCUGGAUCCUGGGAAUUGUCCCCUGAUUUCUCUGAAAGAGCCGCUAAUGCUCUUAACCCCUGGGCUAUCUUUCUAGCCUUCAAGACUGAAUUUUUUUUUAAAAAAAGAUUUAUUUAUUUAUUUAUUUUAUUAUACCUAGGUACACUGUGAGCCACUCUUCAGGCACCUUUUCUUCUCUUUCCGGCCCCACUCACUCAGGCCCCACUUGCUCUGGCUCAAAGAUUUAUUUAUUUAAGUAUACUGUAGCUGUUUUCAGACACCCCAGAAGAGGCCAUCAGAUCUCAUUACUGAUGGUUGUGAGCCACCAUGUGGUUGCUGGGAUUUGAACUCAGGAUUUUUGAAAGAGCAAUCAGUGCUCUUAACCACUGAGCCAUCUCUCUGCAAGACUGAAUUUUAAUGUGCAUUUUAGUAGAGACAUUGAAACAGAGCACACCGCCGGGCGGUGGUGGUGCACGCCUUUAAUCCCAGCACUUAGGAGGCAGACUCAGGUGGAUUUCUGGUUUGAGGCCAGCCUGGUCUACAGAGUGAGUUCCAGGACAGCCAGGGCUCUAUAGAGAAACCCUGUCUUGGGGAAAGAAAAAAAAAAGACAAAACAAAAAACAAAACAGAGCACACCAUGAUAGAAAUGCUGAAGAGAUUCACCACAGCAGGAAGCUACCAUCUCCUUUGUGGUGGAGGCUCCAUGGUACCAUAGAGACAGUGUGGGAAACAGGGACCACCAUGGGCUUGGCCACAGCGCAGGAGCUGUUGGGGAGAACACAUUGUCAGGGGAUUCUACUCUCUGUCUGGGCAUUCUGGCUAAACCCAGGUGGCACACAGCUGACCUGAAGCCCCAGGAGCAGCCUGCAGCGGCCCCUCCCUCUACAAGGGCUGAUGGCUACAUGCUAGGGAUAGCUGGCAGCAUCUGCUACCAAGUCCCAUGAGGCAAUGAGAAAUAAGAUGAGAAUUCAUGAUAGAAUUUGCAAGAAGUGCUGGGUGCAAGAGCAAUUUACAAAAAACAGAAACUGUAUCUCUAUAGAUGGCAGGCACAAUUACAAAACAUAAUUUUAAAAGAUCUCAUGAUAUUAGCAAAACCCCAUAUAUUGUAGUAAGUAUAUAUUUAAAUAGGUUGUUUUAAAGAAUAAUGUAAGAUAACACAGAGCUAAGGGUAAAGCUAUUAGAGGUAGGGCCAAGGUGGCUUUCUGCACAGUGUAAACAUGCUAAUUUUAUUCAAAACAGUCUAAUAAAUUCAAUUAUUUCCUAAUCAGUAUCCCAGCAGAGGCCCGGGGGAAUUGGACAAUUGAAUUGUAACAAUUAUGUAAAACUGGGGGAAAGGAACCUGAGUUAGUGGUGAGGGAGGAGGGAGAGAGGAGGGGUAGGAGGAAAAAGAGAGAAAGGGGGUGGGGACACAGGCAAAGUGUCAAUUCUAAAACUGAACCUAAUGCCAGAGGGAUUACUUUGGAGGGCUUUGUCUCAGGAGUUUGAUGAUUUGGCAGCAGCACAUACAGGAUCCAGGGAGGAAGCCACAGCUACAAGGACUCUUAGUGUUAUGGUUUAGGAUUGGCUUGUUUGUUUUUUUCUUCAGAGAUAAGGUUUUUCAGACAAGAAGCAAUGGCUGUCCUGGAACUGAGAUCUGCCUGCCUCUUCCUCCAGAUGCUGGGAUUAAAGGUGUGUGUCACCACAGCCGGGCUUGUUUUUAUAUAUUUUAAAAAUUUGUUUAUUUUUAUUUUUUAAAUUGUGUGUGUGUGUGUGUGUGUGUGUGUGUGUGUGUGAAUUUGUGCAUGUGAAUUCAUGGUCAUGGAGGCCAGAAGAGGGCAUCAGAUGCUCCGUAAGAGGAAUUAGAGGAAUCUGGGAAACUGUGAGCUUCCUGAUGUGGGUUCAGGCGUUCUGGAAGAGCAGCACACACUCUGGACUGCUGAGCCAUCUCUCUGGAGCCUUUCUCUCUUUCUUUCUUCUUCUUUCUUCUCUUCCUCCUCUUCUUCCUUCUUCUUUCUUCCUUCUUCCUCCCUCCCUCCUCUUCCUCUUCCUCCUCCUUUCUUCUUGAGACAGGGUCUCACUAUGUAGCCUUGAUUAGCCUGGAAUUUGAUAUGUAAACCAGGCUGGCCUUAAACUUGGAGCCACCCAGCCUUGCUCUUUUAUUUUUAAUAUUUUUUAUUGAGAAUGCCACACAUACAUAUUUAUUUUUGAUAAAGUUCACCCUUCAUUACUUCCCUGUCCUUGCCACCACUACUCCUUCCCGAUGGUGCACUUAUGUAUGUGCACGUUUAUGUAUGCGUGUGUGUGUGUGUGUGUGUGUGUGUGUAACUCACUGAAUCCAUUUAGGGCUGCCAGCAUAUGCAAGAUCAUGGGUCACGUGGCUUCUCAGAAGUUGUAUCCUUGAAGAAAGCUGACUUUCCCUCUCCCAGGAGCUAUCAGCUGCCAGGGACUUCUCAGUUAUAUUUAAAUGAGAGCCCAUCUUUUAUUUUAUUUUAUUUUUUGUGGGGAGGGGGUAGUUAAAGCACCACCAACUGAUGCAAGGCAAACCGGGGUAGUUGUGGGUAGUUUAACACGAAGAAAGGCUUCUGGGUUCUGGAUUUCCUAAGGACAGGAAGUAAGGGGUGAAAAUCCAUUCAAAGGGCGCAUUCUUCAAAGUAAUCUAGAGGGUUCUGGAAAAGGAGAGGCACCUAAGAGGGCAGAUCUCAGGCCCAGUUAAGGUGUAACCUGCUUAUGAGUACUAAGAAGUCUGCCCAGUGGGCUUCAGCCGUGUGACAGCCUGAUGCCAUCAUCACAUUAGCGUUUGUCUCGCGUGAGCUAUUGCAUACCUGGGCAUGGGCCUGCCUGUCCUCAGUGUCAGCACUGUAUAAGAGGGCAUGGUGACAGAGGAGCUCAGUGGUGCCUUAGUAUUAGGUUAUUGCUUUAUAGUCCUGCGAAGGGGUUCCAUUUCUCAUUGCUAUGGCGUUGGAUAAGCUCAAGACCUGACUUCUCUGAUACGAUUUUGUUUCACCCAUGAUUUAACUUAAUUGCAUCUGUAGGUGGUGAUUUCAUUUGCACGAGAGAUUUUUUUUACUGUUUGUUUGUUUGUUUAUAGACAGGGUUUCUUUGUCUAGCCCUGGCUAUCCUGGAACUUGUUAGACCAGGCUGGCCACAAACUCAAGAGAUCUGCCUGCUUCUGCCUCCCAAGUGCUGGGAUUAAAGACGAGUGCUACCACCUCCCAGCUUGUACAAGUAAAAUGAAGAGUCGUUCUGACUCAGUUUCAGGUAAAAAUGGAGCCAAUUGCUGCUUUAUAAGUUAGACUCACUCAGAGAACUGCACAACCUUAAGAUAGCAGUUGUACACAGCAUAGUAAGUGUGACUUUGAAACAGGACACUGAUCAGAUCAAAGAGUUUACUUUCACUAGGGUGUGUUGGGUGGGUGGGGCAAAUAAACCAUCUUUUUAGGAGCUGCCUUGGAGGUUCACAUCCAACCUAUAAGAGACCACAAUAUUCUGGACGUCGUGAGUCACUGGGAUGGAUGGAACGAGUCUUUUGGUGAUCUGGGCAGGCACACCGUUAGACUCGUUUGACAGCUGGGGGUCCAAGAGGUGUUUGUCUUAAAUGAGCACAUUUCCAGUGACUCGUACGCAUUCAUGGCUACAUAUUGGGCCUGGCCAUCCAAUUCUGAUGCCACACAGCAGUUUUUUGUUGUUAUUUUUUUUAAACCGGCACACAAUGAGUACCAGACCCCGUCCAAGAGAAGCCACCUAACCUGACAGGCAGAAAAGUCAAUCACCAAAGGCAGGUGGAGGGAUCUACAGCAUCAGCACCUCCGGGCACCGAAAUCAAAUGAGACUACGCCCUGCGCGCAUGCUCCUGGACGGCACGCCGUUCGCGCGGCGCCGAGUGACAUCACUGACAAGCGCCAACAGGAAGGGCGCAGCGCGUCGCACGUGUCCGGAGGCGGCGGGCGGGCCCAUGGCGAGCUCUGCGGGGCUGGCACUGUGCGCCCAGACGCUGGUGGUGCGAGGAGGCAGCCGGUUCCUAGCCUUCUCCACUACGGGCAGUGAUGAUGACUGUGUCUUCACAUACGACUGCAGUACUGCAGAGAAGAAGGCCACGCCAGAAGAUAAAGGGGAGGACGGACAGCCCGCAGACACAGGGAGUGACUCGAUUCUGGCGUCCACCUUCUCCAAGUCUGGCCGCUAUUUUGCUUUAACAGAUGACAGGUCUGAGGAGGGCCUGCGCUGACUUGGGGCACGAGGCAGCUCAGCUCUCUGACUCUGCAGGAUGGUGGUGCGGAGGUGCACCGCCCUGACCUUCACAGCCUCAGAGGACCGAGUCUUGGUGGCUGACAAGUCUGGAGACGUCUACUCCUUUUCGGUGCUGGAGCCAGAUGGAUGUGGCAGGCUGGAGCUUGGGCACCUCUCCAUGCUGCUAGACGUGGCUGUGAGUCCUGAUGACCAGUUUGUGCUUACUGCAGACCGGGAUGAGAAGAUCCGGGUCAGCUGGGCUGCUGCCCCGCAUAGCAUCGAGUCUUUCUGCCUGGGACACACUGAGUUUGUGAGCCGCAUCCUUGUAGUGCCCAGUCAUCCUGAACUGCUGCUUUCUUCCUCUGGGGAUGGCACCCUGAGACUCUGGGAGUACAGAAGCGGUAGGCAGCUGCAGUGCUGUGACCUGGCCGGCCUACAGGAGCCUGGAGAGCAGCCAGGCCACAAGGGGUUGGCCGCGUCCAGGAUUGCAUUCUGGGGACAGGAGAGCUAUGUGGUGCUUCUGUGUGAGUGCGUUCCCGUGGUCUUCGUCUUCCAGCUUGAUGCCAGCAGACAGCAGCUGGUGUUCAGACAGCGGCUGACUUUCCCUCACCGAGUGUGGGAUGUUGUGUUUGAGGAGGCCCGGGGGCUGUGGGUUCUACAGGACUGCCGUGAUGCCCCCCUGGUGCUCUGGAGGCCUGUGGGUGGUGAGUGGCAGGCUGCUCCAGACGGUGCUGUGUCCCCGAGACUCUGCAGCCAUCUCCGUGAGAGCUGGGCCAUGCUGGAAGGUUCUGUUGGUACAGAUGACAGCUUCCGCAGCCUGUACAAGGCCACCUUUGACAACAUGACCUCUUACCUGAAGAAAAAGGAAGAGAGACUGCAGCAGCAGCUGAAGAAGAAGCGGCAAAGGAGCCCCUUCCCAGGGUCCCCGGAACAGACCAAAAAGGCGUGCCCGGGCCAGUCAGCCCUUAGUUGCUGACCUUGGACAUGGCCACAGCUCUCAUUCCUGAGGCCCUGUGGGCAGCUCUCUCCCUCCUCCUCCCUGGUUCAUCCCUAGGGAGGGAGAUCACGGCAGCUCAGUCCCUACCACUAGCUCAACAGUCCCUGAUCUCCAGAGUCUGCCUUUGUCACUGAGAACAGGCUCCUGCCGGGUUGCAGGGAAGGCAGGUGGUGUUAGCUUAGCUAAGAGUCUAGAGCUGUGUGGAAGCACCUUCACAUUGAAGGAUACACUGGCCCACAGCACCACGCAUGUCUGUCGGGGCCCACAGUGUCGUCCCUGGGGAGCUCUAGGGAGACCUGCAGGACAGGACCUGCCUUCACAUCAUUGCCGGGGGCUCUCCAGGUGGAGCUCUGUAUGGCUCUGUAGCUGCUUGCUGUUUUGAGGCAGAUUCAGUUGGUGCUGUUCGCACUCCUGGGCUGGGCUGAGCAGACUGAGCAAGCUUUGGGGCUCUGAGGGUGUGACCUUGCCAGGCCAGCCUUGUUUUACAGGGAAUGAUGGUGACCUCGUGGUUCUGUUGCUCUGAACUCUGCAUACACUGCAGAACAGAAGGAAAUGAACAGAAAUCACAGCAUCAAUAAAGACAAACUUUGCAUAGCUUUCUGGAAUGUUCAGCAGCAGCCUCCAUAGCUGAUCUUAAGACAUUCAAUGUGUGUAUGCUCUUCAAAUGACAUGGCUCUUGGUGGUUAGAGAGGGGUGUUGUCCAGCUCUGUCUAUUCUCGUGCUAUUUCCCAGACGAGCUGCAGCAGAGACCGUCUUGGGUUGGGGAGAUGAGACCCGAGUUUAGGUACCACCCAAACAUACAGAACAAAGGAAGGCCAUAGCCUAGCAUAACUGUAACCCUAAUACUGGAGCUGCAGACUGAGGCAGCCUAGCCUAAACAGUGACAUUUUGGGCUCUGUGAGAUCCUGUCUCAAGAUGAACAGUCGAGGAAGAUGCCCAGUGUCAUCGUCUGGCCUCCACACGCAGUAGAAAUAGUCUUGUGGCCACAAGCAGCUAUCAGUCGAAUGGGUGGUGUUCACGGAGCAGGGUGCUCACCUCUGUCUAGGAGCUAAUGUCACGUGUUCUGGAUGCUGGGAUGUGUGGUCGGUCCCUGGAGACAUGGAUGUGCCAACUGGGCUGUGGGCUGGGUCCUAACUAGUCGGAGAUAAAUGAGAGAAGUCUGAGGGCCCAGGAAUACAGCUUUGCUGAGCCAGUGCUGCAUUCGCUCAGUCCUCUGGUCAUGCGUAGCCUGCGAGCCAGGUAGAGCCCAUGCUUGCAAAGCACCAGUCCUCACAGGGCCGUCAUGGCCGGAUGGUCAGUGCAAGGAGCUGAGAGACUCGAGGGGUAUCUGAAGUCCCUGGUGUCUGCCUUGUAGGCUCUGAGACAGCCACACAGACAGUGAUGGGGAGUCCUUGUGUCAAAGGAGAGAUGGUGGCCUUCAUGGUGGGGUUAUUCCUAAGGUCCUGGUGAGUCACAGAGCCAAACAGCAUAGUGAGCAGCAGGCAGGCCCACCCCAACAAUCCCAGUCCUGUCUCCACUUUUCUCAAGCCCCAGUGUUCAUGAUUGUCCUAUGCCACAGUGACAUCUGUGCAUGUCCCAGGGUCCACUUACUUGUGUGAGUGUAGCCAGUGGAAGCACUAAGGGUGGGGUAGAGGAGGGUGUUGGGCCUCCAUGUCCUACCAUCUGGCUCUGGCUUUCCUGGCCCUGGGGCCUGCAGUGGCUCCUGGUCCCUUAGGCAUAGCUUCGGAGCCUGUUAAUUGGUCCCACUUUCAGGGGCCUUAAUGCCUGUAGGUUGGGUACAUAGCAUUAUGCUUACAGGACCCUGCUAGCUAGUAGGCUAGUCCACAUGCCUACACUUCAUGUGGUUCCAGAAAUUUCUUCCAUAUUAGGGUGUGUGGAGUCCCAUUUUUAUUGGGACUACACUUUUAUUUAAGGGGAUUUGUGUCUUACCUGGUUUUAGGCCAGUCUGACCUGGGCAGUUCAUGCUAUGAUUUCAGCUUGUGUCAGGAUGCCUCCACCUCCAGCAGCAGCUCCCCACUUCCACUGGGAUGCCCAGUUGCCAGGGUCGUUCCCAAAAGGCUGCCCACCAGUCUCUGAUAAGACACCAAGGCAAUUUAUAUGAGAGAGAUUGACUGGCCUUGCAGUUCCAGAGGGUUGGGGGCCAUGCUGGUGGAAGGGAGGCUGGAGCCCCAGUUGAGAGCUCCCAUCUUCCACAAGCAGGAGGCAGGCCGGACACACUGGCAAUGACACAUCAACAAGGCCCUAAGUCCUAAUCCUUCUAAACAUCUCCAACACUGGGGACCGUUCCCAUCCAGAUCAGUGCACACAGCUCUCUCCUUUGUCAGUUUAGUUAGUUUGGCCCCUGUACUCCCCUAAACCCCCUGCCUCAUUAAACUUGUAUCUUCAUUCCUCAUUA